UGAAUGACAAACUGCUUGAUAAUUGUUUAUGCGACAGGAAAACUUAUACAAAAUAAAAACAGACUUUAGUAAGCUGCAGAUGCCUAAGGAUUCUAGGCUGCCCAUUGGUGAACAAAAUGUGCAAGCCAUACAAAUUUCAGCAUCUACCAACCACCUCAGAGAGUGGGAUAGAUUGAAAUUUAAUGAAUACAUUGAACACGGACCAGACGAGAGAAUCGGAAUAUUUAGACAGUAACAAUUGGUUUCUAAAGUUGGAAGCCUCUCCCUAAAAUUCUCUCACGACCUCUUCCUGUCCUCUCAUCUGUCCUUCCUUGUACCGGUUUCCAUUUCCCAAUUUACAAAGACACGUGUCAGCACCAGACAUUAAACCUGCCUCCCACCUUCGCCGUCGCCAUCGGAUUUAGUCCCCACUAUAGUCUUGAUCAGUUGCUUGACCAUUCAAUCCGCUUAAUUCCCUCGUCCUGGACGUUGAAAAAAACCGCGUUAUUCUUCUAGUCCCUUCCUUUUAAUUGGCGCCACAAAGCAAAUCUCACUCCGCGACCAGCACCUUCACUUCCUACUUCGAUCCAACCUCUCCAUUCCUAUGGCGAUACACAAUUAUAUGUUUUUUAAUCCCCAGACUCUCUUUCAGGACAUUAGUGCACCCGACGGUCGAGCUUUCAUGGACCCUGAGAAGGAAUUGCUGGAUGAUUACUUGGCAGGAAGCGUGGCAAUUCCAGAAUUCGAUUUUGGGGAGGUGGAGCUGCUUGAGGAUCCCCUGCAUCUGCCGCUGCUUAUGCCAUUGCCAUCUCCAUUGCCUUGUGCAGAGCAAGUGAUGAAGGAUGAGGGAGUUGUGUUUGAAGCUGAUUCCCUCUCUAAUCUCCACUUCGUCCCACCUCCUCCUACUCUGCUGCAGUCAAGAGAGGACGCACAGAGGUUGGUAAUGUCACAAGGCCUUGCCCAUUUGGGGUUUACCGAGAAAGCCUCAGGGAAUGGGGGAAGAGAGAAAGGUGGGUAUCUGGGUAAUAGCUUACAUGCCCAUCCGCUUGAAAUUGAAGGCUCUGCGCUCAGUCUCCGUCGUCGAAUAUAUGGUACAGGAGAUAUUCAGGCGAGAGAUUGCAUUAAAAUGGGUCUUGGAGGUGGCGCUCCACUGACAUGUGAUCAUUCGAGUUUUGAGGAGGCGAGGUAUAAGGUGGGGCGUUAUACUGUGGAAGAGAGAAAACAGCGUAUCUACAGAUACAAGAUGAAGCGAAAUGAGAGGAAUUUCAAUAAAAAGAUUAAGUAUGCAUGUCGGAAAACCUUGGCUGAUAGUAGACCCCGUGUUAGAGGGAGAUUUGCAAGAAAUGAAGUUGGAGAUAACUCUUCAAGGGCUAAGCAACAUCACGUUUAUGAAGAUGUUGAUGAAAUGUUAAAAGCUGUAGGAGAGAUGUAUGUUUGUGGAAGCAGUGGUCAUAACUACUUGCAUGGAUUUGAAUGAAAUGAGAGGAGAAAGUUUUGUACCAAAUUUGGUAUGGAAACGCUGGGGUUGAAAGUUUAAGAGUCUACAAGUUAUUUGUUAUUUCUCAAAUAACAAAUAACAAAUAACAUGUUCACUCUUAAAGUGCUUUCUCUCCCAUUAACAUAAGUUAACUUAGUUAUCAAUGUGACACCAAACGUGUCUCCAAUUUAAUUUAUUGUAUUAAGAGCUAUAGUGAUUAAACCAAAGUUUUGAAUUAAGUGUUAUAGUGACUACACAAUAGUGUGGCACCGAAUAUUAAUCAUUUUUUUCUUCUUGUGGAGAAAAUGCGUUACCUUUUGUUCAAGAGUCUUUGUUUUUUAGUAAUAAGAAAUUGGUUUUUAACAAA